CCACUGUAUGUGACUGUGUGUCAAAAUGAACCUCGCUUUCUUACUUUUGGAGGGCAACUUUUCUAAAGCGCGCGGCAGGAACUUUUCUCAAUUAAAUAUUAAAUGAGCUGCAACGAGGAAAGCGAUCGAUUACCAUCCGUUCAACUGCCAUUGAGUAAAUCGUACACAUACGCCAGUCCAAUACCUCAAUCCGUGGUUGAUUCAAAUGAGGCGUGUAUGCUUGGCGUUGACGAGGCUGGCCGUGGUCCCUGUUUAGGACCAAUGGUUUAUGCCGUUUGUUAUUAUCCUGCCUCGCGUCAUGACGAAUUCAAGGCGCUGGGAUUCGACGAUUCCAAGAAAUUGACAGAGGAAAGACGCGUCGAUCUUGCCAAAAUUAUCCAGCAAAACCUCGAUUGGGUUGGUUGGGCAGUCCAGGUCAUUGCUCCUCAGGAAAUAUCGACCAAUAUGCUCAGCCGACCCCCUUACAACCUUAAUGAAAUGGCACACAGCGCAACGAUGCAACUGAUACGCAAUGUCUUGAACGCCAAGAUCAAUGUGACAGAGAUCUUUGUGGAUCCCGUUGGUCCAUCCCAGUCGUACAAGGCGAAACUCUCGCGAUAUUUCCCCGGUAUCGAGAUUACUGUCGAGCCUCGCGCCGACUCCUUGUAUGCGUCCGUCAGCGCGGCCAGUAUUUGCGCCAAGGUGACCCGCGACCAAGUACUACAGCACUGGAUAUGGCUAGAACCUGGGCUGGAAGGCAAAGUGUCCAAGUCAUUUGGAUCUGGUUACCCAUCAGAUCCAAACACCGUAAAGUGGCUAGGUGAAAACGAGGAUCCCUUUUUCGGGUUUCCUAGCCUGAUUCGCUUCAGCUGGAAAACAAUUAGCAACCGUAUGGACACUACGCUUCAAGUGGAAUGGUCGGAAGAUGAAGAUGAGGAAGACACUAAGCCGAAAAACAUAAGGAAACGGAGAACACAGGCUCAAGCGCCGACAGCAAACAAGGACACUGGUAGCCGUCAGCAUCAUAUGAACGGCAGAACCUAUAAACAGCUCUGCUUGGAAACUGUCAAUACACUUUAAUCAUAACAUUUCAUUUAACAACAUCAUGUACAUAGUAGUAAGAGCAUAGUAAAUAUUCAUGCACGCCAGCUUCAGUUCUUGUACGCCCCCUCCUGUCUGUUUUCUCCCUUUCUUCCAGCCCCCUUGUUUACAUUUUCUGUUGCCAUCUUAUUCGGCGUUACGUAUUCAUGAGUGAUUGUUGUACGAGCGAGACACGAAUAUAAGAGAGAUAGAGAGAGAGAGAGAGUUAGGAGGGGGAUUGCUGUUUGUUGCUGUCAUUAAAGAAUAUAGACUUUC